GUGGGUUGUCGGUAACUAAAGAAAAAUGAACUGGAAGCGCACGUUCGUGCUUGGCCUUAUUGGCCUUGUGGUGUUGAGCGCCGCGACCGGCGUUCACGCCGCAAAGAAGGCGAAGAAGAGCAAGAUUGCCGGUGACACGACUAUUACGAACAAGGUGUACUUCGACGUCGAGAUUGAUGGAAAGCCGGCAGGCCGCAUCAUCAUGGGCCUGUAUGGCAAGACGGUGCCCCGCACCGUGGAGAACUUCCGUGCGCUCUGCACUGGCGAGAAGGGCGUUGGCCAGUCUGGAAAGCCCCUCACCUACAAGGGCAGCAGCUUCCACCGCAUCAUUCCCCAGUUCAUGCUCCAAGGUGGCGACUUCACUCGCGGUGACGGCACCGGCGGCGAGUCCAUCUACGGCUCUCGCUUCCAGGAUGAGAACUUUGCCCUGAAGCACACCGGCCCCGGCGUGCUCAGCAUGGCUAACGCUGGCCCCGACACCAACGGAAGCCAGUUCUUCAUCACCACCGUCACCACCUCCUGGCUGGAUGGCCGCCACGUGGUGUUUGGCAAGGUGGUGGAGGGCAUGGACGUGGUGUACAAGGUGGAGGCGGUGGGCAGCGGCUCCGGCAAGCCCAGCAAGAAGGUCGUGAUCGUGGACUCGGGCGAGCUGCCGCUGUAAAUCAAGAGUGGCUUGUUGACUUGCGUGUUGAGAAGAAGAAGAUUUCACCUUUAAGGCAUGAUCACGGGCAACUGAGGCACUGUGUCUCUCUGCAAGACUGAUGCACUGCGCACCUUGGUUGUGUUUUAUGGUGCAGCGGUUUGGGGCUUAUACGGUUAUACCUGCAAGGCGAGGAAGGUCCGGGAGUCGCGGUCCAUAGGAACAAACUAGCGCAAGCUGGUUAGCAAAGGAAAGGGUUGCGGCGCCUGUGCCCAUCAAGGGUUGUACUUGCAUACAUAAGAAGGGCACAAGAACUUUCCAAACGCCACGAUUCGACACUGCUGGCUGCAUUAAGAGCAAAGCAGUGGGUAUACAGCGCAUAGGUUCCAAAGCGCCUACAUGCGAUAACGCGGGUAUGAGUUGUUACAGCGCACGGGGCGACGGUAAGGCCGGGCUGUGGACAGCAAAUUGAAGAUGUGCCAGGUUGCAGCCGAGGCAACAGCGGUGUAGGGCCUCUCAAUUGGGCCAGAAUGUUAGCUACCGGUGAAAGGGGGCUCUCGGACUGGAGACGAUGGUGAUGGAAUAGCUGCUUAUGCGUGGAUGGGGGAGGAUGGGAGAUGCCAUGUACACAAACGAGG